CAAUUGGUCAUACUGUUUGACGUGCUCAGCCGGCGGCAAACAACAAAAUCGAAAAAAAAGAAAAAAAAUGAAUGACGAGGAGAUCAUCAAGCAACGGCUGCUUAUCGAUGGAGAUGGAACCGGCGAUGAUCGUCGCUUAAAUGUCCUGCUAAAGCAAUUCCUAAAGUGGGCCAACACAAAGAACGACUCACCAGAGACUAAUCAGAUGAUGUACGAUCGCAUGAUGGCCCAAUAUGCCCAGUGCAAUCUGUACGCCCUAAAGAACGUGCAAUUGCGUCACAUGCUCAACGAGGAGCGGGAGAACUACAGUAAGUUGACCGAGAUGCAUCAAGAGAGCAUCGAGAUAGCCAAGAAAGAAAUUGAUGCCAGUAAAACAGAGUUAACCCUGGCCAAGCAAUUGCGCAAAAACAAAAUGGAAUAUGAUCUCCUGGCGUCCCUAAUUGAUGAGCAGCCCGAUCGAAGGAAUGCCGAACACCAGAUUGAGACCAUCAAAAAGGAAAUUGAUAGUUUAACGCAUCAAAAGGUGAAAAUGGAGCGUAAAUUUCAAAAGCGACGCAAUGAUUUCACACUCCUCAUGUUCACCAUACACGAACUGGAAAAGGAACUCGACCAGGAUGACAAUAACAGCACGUACACCUCUUCAUCAUCUUCAUCCAGGUCGUCGCUGGCCACAAGUGAAAACGACUUGAGUUCUGGUGCCGAUUUACAUAAUAAUGGCAUUAUGGCCGUAAGCGAAGACGAAGAUGAUGAGCUUAAUAAUAGUCAUAGCAAUGCAAUUAAAAUGGAAUUACCAUCCGUAUCCACCGAAGAUUCCAAAGCCAUGUCCGUCGAAGAGGAUGCCGUGCUGGAGCUCAGCAUCGACAAGUUUGAGCAUGAUGUGGACGUAGCGGCGGUCAUUUGAAUGUACAAAACAAAGGUCAAAUUCUAACACUUUUAAUUUGACGAAUUUUUAAUAUCCUUACUUUUAAGUGAAAUAAAUUUAAUUGUUCCAUAGUA